AUGAAGCUGCCAUCAGCCCUCAGUGGAAGCAGUAGUGUUUCCCUAUUGUGUUUGACCAGGAAGAGAGCAGUGUGGGUAGGAAAACGACAGCCCUCAGAGGGAACAUGAGCUCCUUGGCACUUUAAAACUUAAGUUAUGCCUUUAAUAUGGCUGAUACAGGUCCAUUUUUGACUUCAUGUAUUAUUUUCUACCUGUCGAUCGGUGCCGCGAUAUUUCAAAUCCUCGAGGAGCCAAACUGGAAAUCAGCCAGAGACAAAUAUAUCCUACAAAAGGAGAACAUUUAGAAGAAAUAUGUCUGCCUAACCAAAGAAAAUCUGGACGAGAUCUUGGAGGUAUGCAGUUUAUCUAUCUGCUUUUGAGCAUAUAAAUAUUAUCGAUCUGGGAGAUAAAUUGUCUGUAUCUUAUAUUCUCGCCUUUCACUUGCCUCUCACUGGUUAGUUUUUGAUGUUCUUAUAAGUGGUGAAGUCUUUCCAUACAGCAGACCUUCAUCGUGGUCUAUGAGGCGAAACAUCUUCAAGUUCUGUCGCCUACGUGUUUUUCAUUUGUAACAAAAAAGUAAAUAACUUAUCCGUGUUUUCACAAGUCGGGGCUACACGUAAGAACCUGUUUUACCUGUUCACAGGUAGCCUGCCGUAAACAGCCAUCAAUCUGGCUGAAGCGUGCCGUGACACACGAAAAACAGCUUAAAAGUUGAAGUUAAAAAGUGAAUCUCUGGUAUAUGAAAGUCGAAAUCAUUCUAGACAUAGGCUAAACGUACAUGCUGGUGGGCCGAGCAUGAGGGGGCAUGUCCUCUUUAACCACAGGUAUCUGAAUAAUUGCCCAAGGUGUGUCCCUUUGUAAUGGUAGUAAGCAAACGUUUCAGGCCUGGGGAAAAAUAAACCUCAAUCUGAGUACUUUCUGUUUCCGACAGUGUUUUAAAAGCUAGUAUCAUCAACAAAAGGCGCAUAAAGUUUGAGGCCAGGUGUUUGUGUGACACAAUCUCUGUCUGUCCAUUCACAGAUUGUGUCGGAAGCUGCGGGACAAGGUGUGACCAUAACCGGGGAAAUUCAUCGGAACUCAUGGGACUGGGCCAACUCUGUUAUCUUUGCUUCCACCAUUGUCACCACUAUAGGUGUGUUUGAGGUCUACAUGUUUGACACUGUUCUAGUUUAUGUUUUGUUUAUGAUGAAGUGAUUGAGACUGUGCCCACUUUGUGAUAGUUGCACAGAAACUACAUGUUUUCAUGAAUGCAGCUUCUCAAAGCUCAGAAAUGCAGCCCAACUAAGAUGUGAUGCACCAUAAAAUGUUGAUAAAAGCAGAUAUUGAUAGUGUUCAAAUGAUUUAAACCUUGAAAGUUGUGUAAAGACAACACAAAAGACAAACACACAAAAAACUGUUUCAUAAAAAGAAGACAGGAACAGCAACACACCAAAAGCACUAGCUAGCUAAAUACAUAAAUGAAGGAACAUCUCCCACCCAAUGAGGUUUAUUUUCAACUAAUUAUUGACAUGACAGAGUAUCAAAAGUGCAUUUCAGAGAGGCAGAGUCUCCCUUGAGUAAAGAUGAGUAGUGGUGUCCAACUCUGUGAGAGACUGUGUGAGCAAAUAGUUCAACUAUUCCAGAAAAAUGCCCCUUAGGGCAAAAUUGCAAAAAGUUUAGGGUUUCAUCCUCAACCAUGAGAAAAAUCAGUUAGAUAUUCAGGACGGCAUGGCUGAAACCAAUACUUAGUGGACAUGAUCUUUGAGCCAUCAGGCAGCACUGCAACAGAUAAACAUGACUCUGUAGUAGAAGUUACUGCAUGGGCUCAAAAUCACUUCCAUUAACACUUGUCUAAGAACACAGUUUAGUGUUGCAUCCACAAAUACAGGUAAAACUGUACUAUGCAAAGAGGAAACCUUAAAUAGGAAUGAUCUAUAAAAAAAAAGAAACACCAGCAAAUUUUCUCUUAAGAUGGACUACGUAAAAAUGGGAAACAGACUCAUCAAAAUUUGAUAUUGUUAUUGAAAAUCAUGGAUGCAAUAUAAUCUACUCUUAGGAGGAGAGGAACCACCUAGCUUGUCUUCAGCUCGAAACCCACAGAGCCCAGCCUCUGUGAUGGUAUGAGCAGCUUUCACAUCUGGGAGGGUAUUAUUAAUGCUGAACAAUAUAUUCAGGUGUGAGCAGAAAAUGCUGCCAUCCAGACAAUGCUUUAACAGGGAAGACCUCUCAGUAAGAGAACGGCAAACCUCUGUCUGCAUGCAGCGUCACAGCUAAAUGACUCCUAGAGGGAUCUGGGUCCAAAACUGACCUGCAUGCAGUCCCUAUUUGGCAUCCAGUAAAACAUUUAGCUCUUCGUGAAACAAAAGAACUUGAUAAAGCAACUUCAAUGGACCCUGAACAUUUGCAGUCAUUAGAAAAGAGACGUGUGGAGCCUUUUUAUUGCACAUGGCUAAUGAGAAUAAAAAAUAUAGUAAAGAAGAAAGAAAGACAACAAUUUCUGUAUUAAAUGUCAAGGUGGAAUAAGGAGCAUUUGAGAGAUCUACUUGCAAACAUUACAAAGAAGGAUUGAAAAUAUUAAUCUAAAUUUAAUUGUUGUUGCUUAGAAGUCAUAGAAGUAUGGGAUUCUCAACAUUAACCAAGUCAAAACAGUAUUUGCAUAAACCUUUGUUACGUGUCUCUCAUAGCUCGCUGCGGUGUGCCCUUAUUGCUUUCUCUGGUAAUCUACAGGAUUUGGUAAUGUUGCUCCCAAGACCCAAGGCGGUCGUAUUUUCUGCAUCCUAUAUGGCUUGUGUGGGAUCCCCCUGUGUUUGGUUUGGAUCAGUCAGCUGGGUUCUUUCUUCGGAGACCGCGCCAGACGCCUGUCCGGUAUUCUGAUCAAAAAGGGAGUCUCAGUGGUAAGUAGGAUUCCACUAAAAACUAUGUUAUCCUCGUGAAUAUUUUUCUGAUACUGUGACCCCAUCAAAUUAUGCGCUUGUACCAUGUAGAUGUUUUUUUUGUCACUUCCUUUCAGAAAAAGAUCCAGCUAACAUGCACAGUCUUGUUCCUGUUGUGGGGACUGAUUGUGCACCUGUUGAUUCCUCCGUUUGUUUUCAUGUCGAUGGAGGGAUGGAGCUACUUGGAAGGAAUCUACUAUUCUUUCAUCACACUCACAACGGUUGGCUUUGGAGAUUAUGUAGCAGGUAGGUUUGAUUUGCAACAUGACUUUACUGCUUUUACUGUAUAUAGAAGUUUUGAUGGUAGAAGUGGUUUUGGGCUGAGUGUUUUGGGGAGUGCUCCUCUAAUGGUUAUGUCUGUGCAUGGACUAUAAUUUCAGGUGUAAAUCCAAACAUAGACUACCCCAGACUGUACAGAGUGUUUUCAGAGUUAUGGAUCUACAUGGGCCUGGCCUGGCUGUCUCUUUUCUUCAGCUGGAAUGUCCACAUGGUCGUGGAGGCCCACAAGGUGCUAAGGAGGAAAAGACUGCUCAGGCACAGACACUCCUAUGACGAGGACCCACCUUCAGAUGAAGAAAAACCCAGCCCAGAAAAAAACAAAAACUUUAUUGACAUCUUUGACUUCCCAGAGGAUGAAGACUACAGUACGGUCAUCAAAGAGAUAGGAGCAAAUAGAAAAAAGCCUGCAGAAAACAUUAAUCGCUCCAAGAGCUGCAGCGACAUCUUGGUCCACAACAUCCAGACCCUGGAUCACUCGCCUCGGCACAAGCACAUCACCAGUAUCAGUGAUGUGUUCAUUAAUGUGAAGGCUGAAGUGGAAAAGGACAGACAAGAAGAAGAGGGUGCAAUCAACAGAGACCCUGAUCCUGCAGCAGACGUGAGGAUAGAUGAAGAUGAGAACAAGGACAGCUCUGUGUUUGAUCCUGAGACUGUAGGUAUACACUUCACAGCUCCUCCAAAAGAUGCUGCAGAAGAAGAGAAUGUACAGCAUCCUGAUGGCGGAGGGACUAGAUUUAGGAUAUCCAAGGUUGAAGAGAAACAUUUGUUAACGGAUAAAGACGAAAAAGGGUGA